AUGCGUCUGUCAACUAUCCUCACUGGAGCAGCCCUGUUCUCGUCCUCACAGGCUCUGAACAUCCUUCUUAACAAUGAUGAUGGAUUCGGAUCUGCGAACUUGCGUGAGAUGUACCGUCUCUUCAAGGAAAAGGGCCACAAUGUCUGGCUCGUUGCACCAGCCACCAAGCAAAGUGGCAAGGGCGGUACCUCUGAUUUCACCACCGAGGGCAAUUUGACUGGACCUUCUCAAUACGAUCUAAUUCCCAAGGGCGCACCAUCAGUCGGAAGUGAUCCAAAGGAUAGCCAAAUCUGGUACUACAAUGGCACUCCUGCUGCGUGCACAUUUGUUGCUCUCGACUAUGUUCUCCCCCGAUACGCCAACUUUAGCGUUCCUGACCUUGUCGUGACUGGUCCUAACUAUGGCACCAACUUGGGCGGUUUCGUAUGGACUCUAUCCGGUACUGCUGGUGCUGCAUACGCCGCUACAAACCGUGGAAUUCCCGCAAUUGCCAUAUCAGCGAGCAACCAGGAAGUUCCCUACUUCGAACUGACAAACCGCACCAACCCAGCUACGUGGGCUGCCCAAGCCUCUGUAAAAUUCGUCGAGAACUUUAUUUCGACAGCUGGCAAGAACGGUCCCCUUUUGCCCAUCGGUUACGGCGUCAAUGUCAAUCUUCCCGUGUUGACGAAGAAAGAUCACGACCCCGAAUUCGUGCAGACGAGGUUCACGGGCAAUGCGCACGUUAACGAAGCGGUGCUUGAUCCGAAGAAGGGAACGUUUACGUGGGCCAACAUCAAGCCUUAUGCUGCCGGCGUGAAUGCUUGUAUCAAUGGCAACUGCUCGCUGCCCGGUGAGACGUAUGUUGUUGAGAACGGAAAGGCGUCUGUAUCGUUUUAUACAGUGGAUUACAGUGCUCCCGAAACUGAGUACACCGAAUCACUCAUCGAUCGAGUGGCGUCGUUCAUUGGGAAAUAA